GGCUGGGUCUGGGUAUAGGUAGGUUUGAACUGGGGACGGACACCCCUACUUUCUACUCCCUACGCUAGGUACUCUACGCUAAGUGCGCUAUACUAUACUGGGCUGCGUCUAGGAGAGAGAACCACACUUGCUUGACGAACGACGAGACUACCAAGUCUAAUCCAGAAGUCAACUACCUUACAGGACGUCUGUACAUACACACACACAACCACCAGCCAUGGACUGACUGAGCCCAUUCCGUUGUUGCUUCUUUUUCUUCUUUCCUUUUCCUGUUCUUGUUUUUAUUUCUUCUCUUCUAUUCCUCCCUGGCUACCUACCUUAGUAUCCAAACUUCCUAACCCGGGAAGUCCUCCAAGACCAUACUUAACUUCAACCUCAACCUCAACCUCCAUCUUCAAAGCGAAUACAACUCUUCUCCAGCCGCAGCGAGCUUAUACUAGCUGUCUUCCUUGUAGCUUUGUCCUCGCUGUCCGAUCUUACAAACCAGCAAUUACUCUGUCAUCCAGGAAACGAACGAUCUCCGCCGAAUUUCUUCGCUUUAGGCCGGUCUACUGCGAGUACACUGCCAGCCUGUGCCAGUCGAACAUGGCACUGGUCCUCCUAGAGUAUCUAUAGACCACAUUAUUCUCGACACACUCAUUCGCCGAUUUUACCUCCAAGCUCUCAAUAUAAAACGAAUGAAGGCCUCGGCGGGGUAAAUUCAAUUGUUUUGCCGGCACAAUAGGUCAAUACGCAGUGACGCAGUGCUGCCCACCCGGAGAGAGAGUGUGUGAAGCUUCCACGAGAUACCCAACCCGAAAUAACCUCGAAUUUGGCGAUUGCGCCUAUUGCUUCGCCCAAAAACAAGCAGGCGAAACGCAUAGGCCCCCAUGUCGGCUGGCACAUUACUCGGGACCUUGAACUUUCCUCCUUCACCUCCGCACGGCUCAGGCAGCCGGGAUCCCAGCUUUCCUUCAAGUAUACAACUACCAAAGCUGCAUUCUAGAUUCGACAACACUCUGUCAUCGCGAAACGGGCUUAGGACUCCUCCGACUGACGAAAUGAGCACUGUCUUUCAGCCCCAGCUGGCUUCAUGGGAGAAUCAUGCUAUUCACAACUAUCCUGCUGCAGUACCCCAGGCUGCCCGACCUGCUGCUCCUAUAACCGAUCCGAGAGCAUCUCAAUACUGCAGAUAUCCUACGCAGCAACAAGAUCAACGGCAGCAGCAACCACAACCACAACCACAACAACAACAACAAUCCACAUAUAACCACUACUACCAGCAUGAGCCAUCGACACAACCUGCACAGCCUCAGCUUAAUUUACAGCUGACGUCGCAAGUCUCUCAACACCGAAAUGGGUCAAUCUCAGCAGAGUCACAAGCCCCGGGACAGACCGUCAGGCCUUCAACGCCUGCGUCGACUGUGUCAGGGAGCAAGGACGAGUCCGAGUCGCUUGUCUAUCACAGCCUGCAAAUCCCCAAGUGCAUCAGCCCUUCAGGUGGAAACCUCGCCGAUUUCGCUGCUCAGAUGACUUGCUUGUUCUGGUUCGAAUCGAUUGAGGAACUCAAGCAGGCCGAGUCGAUCCGUGUCAGAGGCCCCAAUGCUCUAAUCCCUCGGUUACCAUCUCUUGCCAAUCCCCACGACCAAUUUCGGAAGUGGGUGUACAGCGUGUUGUCUACGACACAGGUGACCCAAAAUGUCAUCCUAUUGGCGUUGUUGUUCAUCUACCGAUUGAAGAUGUCAACUCCUCAAAUCAAAGGUCGUGCCGGCAGUGAAUAUCGAUUGUUGACUGUAGCCCUCAUGCUCGGGAACAAAUUCUUGGAUGAUAACACCUACACGAACAAGACCUGGGCCGAAGUGUCAAGCUUCGUUGUGCAGGAGAUCCAUGUCAUGGAGGUGGAGUUUCUGAGCAACAUGCGAUACAAUUUGGUUGCUACUAAGGAGCAAUGGGAGGGCUGGUUGGACAAGCUUUCCUGCUUCCACGAGUACUACGAGCGAGCUGUGCGAUUGCCAGCAUCCCCGAUCCAUAUUCCUUCGCCAACAAACAAGUCUCAUCACUCGCCUGUCGCUUCACCGACGGGUAUGAUGCAGCCCAUCACCAAUCUCCCUACUCCGGCUGUUACAACGACCAACUACUCACCUACCUCGAGUCAUUCCCAGAACUGGUCUGCAUACCACUCGAACACCGUCUCUCCAUUGGCUACCAAGCCCAACCUGCAGUUCCCUGUCUCACGGAAGCGAAGUCCCGAGGAAGAGAUUAUGGAACACCCCGCGAAGCGCCUUGCCCCCCCUGGACGAGUUCCAGCUCCCGCCAUGGUCCAAGCUGUCAACCCGCGAUCCAAUGGAAUCGUGGAGCCGGCGAGGCUGCCUGUUCCCCAUCUCACUGUCAUGACCGGACAACCCCAGAUGCAGCCUCAAACCCAGCCUCAAACCCAGCCUGCACUGACGCCCUUCAACAACGGCAACGUCAAUAUCAACGGGUAUCCUCAACCUACACAGCAGGUUGCCCAGCCUGUUCACGUCUCGCUUCCUCCAUUGCAGACCGGUAUGCGUGCCAUGUCAACAGUCUACCCAUCAGGCCCUGCCGCUAUGGUGCAAAAGCAAUCGCUUCCCACCACAACGGGUGUCACCAUGGCUCAAGCUAGCUUUCCUACUCAGGCACCUGUUAACUUCGGUACACCAAACAAGCAGCACAGUCCUGGACGUCUGGGUCCCUUUAACUCAUCGCCUCUGGCUGAGGCAUACGGUCAAGCAUCGGCUGUUCACACUCCUCUGGUGCACACUCCCAUUUCUAACUCGCCGAGUGUCUUCCUCCAACAGCGACCUAGUCCGUAUAAACCUGUGCGCCAUGUUAAUACGCUCUUGUGUCCCCCACCUUCGGCCUCACUUGAGCAAUAUCAUCUCGCUGUGCCUGUUCCCCCGACACAGAUGCACUAUCAGCCACUGGGACGACGAAACGACCUGCGAACUGGCAUUGUCCCAGAAUUUAUGGUCUAUAACCGCAGUCAUUCCCAAAACCUCCCCCCUCACGGACUCGCUCAGGGACACUACCCGUCUUAGGGAUGGCAGGGUUACCCUGCGCUCGUUCAUGAAUACCACCGCACCACACAACAAAAGCCCCAGCUCUGAGGCCAUUUGAAUUCAGCAUCUGAAGUAUGUUUCGCAUUUUUUCCACGGAUCGUCGAAUCCUUGUUUUUAUGAAGUUAGAUUUUUGGGGUCGGAUUUGCAUCACAGCAUCGCAUGGCAUAGGCGUUUGGAGGGAAAGAAAUAGGCCAGGCUAGGGGAGGAAAACUUAGGACCUUAACACUAAGUGAUAAAAAUACUUAGGUUAACUUAGCCUAAGUUUAGGUUUCUCUUUACCAAGUUUAUUUUGAUACCUUAUAUCAAGGUUUGGUGUUUUCUUACCCCCUGAGGCCAGGGUUUAACAGUCUCCCGGAUAGGACUACACAAGGAAACGGAUCAGGACAUCAGGGCUUUCGGUCGCAUUUGGCUUGGAGUUUGGCUUGUUUUUCUAGUGGUGAAUGCUGCGAGGCCAUAUACGUUGGCAAUGAAGCAUGUUUCACGAUGCAUUGAGCUUCCUCCCGGAAAGCUCAUCACAUAUCGCAGCGUUCAUCCAGCAUCGGAUUUCUCUGCAUGACGUCGGCGUCAACAUCGCCUGUAUAUAGACGGACGCGCAGGACGUCAGUUAUGACUCUUAGAAUAGAUCACAAUUAACAGAGGGUUCUGUCAAAAGCGCCAACCCCGCCUCAUACACCGCAGUUUGCUAUACAUCAUUGGCGCUUUACUCAUGACGAUGCUUCUGGUGUCAUGACUGUAUUUGUAGUGUCCCCGUUGGUCGGUGGCAUUAUGGUUAGACAACAUAUGCGCUUAUAGUUUCUGUUUGACUCGACGACAUGGGAUUAUGGUGUGUCCGAGUGUGGUUUUACUCGCUGGUACUUACUUAUGCGACUAUCUGAAGCUUGUAUCAUGGCAUACGACUUAUAUGACUUUUCUGUGUGUUUGAACACAUGUCAUUGGGUCAUAC